AUGGAUGUAAAAUCUACAUUUCUAAAUGGUCCUAUUGAUGAAGAGGUAUACGUGUCUCAACCUCCAGGCUUUGAAUUAAAGGGAAAAGAUCAUAUGAUGUAUAUACUAUACAAGGCUUUGUAUGGUCAAAAGCUGGAAGAUGAUAAUGAUGGAGGAAGGGUAGAUGCCACCAUGUACAAGCAUAUGAUUGGAUCAUUAAGAUCCAAACAUAUUGAAACAAGGUUUCAUUACAUAAGGGAGCAAAUGAACAAAGGUAGGUUGAUAAUGAGAUAUUGUCAUACCAAGGACCAAAUUAUCGAUAUCUUGACUAAGGUAGAAAAAGAAGAACAAUUUUCUAAGCUGGAUAUAGACAUGGGAAUGGUGGCAUUUGAUUCAGAGGUUGGAAUAACUUCGAGAUCAAUAGCCUCUAAAGCUUUGAUGGCUUCUGAGUCAACAACCUCUGAAGGUUUCAGAGACUGGAAUAGCCUAGCCUUUGAAGAGGUAUCCUCUAAAGGAGUCAGAGGAUGUAGCAACAUGGCCUAUGAAGUGUUGAUAGCUUUUGAACCAUCAUCCUCUAAAGGAGUCAGAGGUGGGAACUACAUCUGA